AUGGAGUCUAUUUUGGAUUUCUCAAAGGACUUAGACGUUGCCCUGUUGGACAAAGUCGUGGAGACUUUCUACAGGGGCUCCGGUGCUGAGCAGAAAACAGCACAGGAUGUAAUCACGAAGUUUCAAGAGCACCCUGAUGCGUGGCAAAGAGCUGAUAAAAUCCUUCAGCUGUCUCAAAACUCGCAGACAAAGUACAUUGGGUUGUCCAUCUUGGACAAGUUGAUCCAAACAAAAUGGAAACUGCUGCCAGAUGAGCAAAGAAAGGGUAUCAGAAACUUCACUGUCAACAUGAUCAUUGCGAUGUGUGAUGAUGAUGAACAGUUCCAGAGCCAGAGAUCCCUGAUUAACAAGUGCGACUUGACCUUGGUCCAAAUUGCCAAGCAGGAGUGGCCUGCUAAUUGGCCAACUUUCAUCCAGGAACUGGUUCAGUCUUCAAGAGCAGGGUUCAACGUUUGUGAGAACAACAUGGUUAUAUUGAAAUUGCUCUCUGAGGAAGUGUUUGACUACUCAGCGGAACAAAUGACCCAGGCCAAAGCGCUGAAUCUGAAAACGAGAAUGGGCCAAGAGUUCUCGGACAUCUUCCAACUGUGUUAUGAGGUUCUCGAUAAGGCUACAAGACCUUCACUCAUAGUGGCCACUUUGAACACAGUGUUGAGAUAUAUGCAAUGGAUUCCACUGGGCUACAUCUUUGAAACUGAGCUAUUGAACUUGUUAACAAACAAAUUCCUUUCGCCUCAGGAUACGAGAGCCGUUACUUUGAAAUGUCUAACAGAGGCUGCAUCUUUGAACGCUUCUGAGUACGAUGAGAAAUUCGUCACAAUGUUCCAAAAUUCUAUGCAGCAAAUUGCAUCCGUGGUUCCGCCAAACGUUGAGUUGAAUAAGACUUACGCCGUGGCAAAUUCAAGUGACCAAGCCUUCCUACAAGACUUGGCUAUGUACAUUUGUACAUUUUUGGCAAACCAUGUGUCUGCUGUUGAGUCGAGAGAACAGUAUAGAGAACUUCUCCUCACGGCUCAUGAAUACUUGAUCCAGUUGUCCAAGAUUGAGGAAAGAGAAUUAUUCAAAACCUGUUUGGAUUAUUGGAGUAAACUCGUUAGUGGGUUGUUCCAGGAAGUUCAGCAAAUCCCAGCUCAAGAACUCUCCCCAUUAAUGCAGUUGGGAUUCUCCCAAACCAGUGGUGCUCCAAAUCCAGAAGUUUUGAACAAAUUCCCAUUGAGAAAGCACAUCUAUAACAACAUCCUCUCUGAAUUGAGAUUAGUUGUGAUAGAGUCCAUGGCUAAACCAGAAGAGGUCCUUGUGGUGCAAAACGAUGAAGGUGAAAUUGUUCGUGAGUUUGUGAAGGAAUCCGAUACAAUUACGCUGUACAAAUCCAUGAGAGAAGUCCUUGUCUACUUGACACAUUUGGACGUUGUCGACACUGAACAAAUCAUGAGUGUGAAACUGUCCAAACAGUUGGAUGGCUCCGAAUGGUCCUGGCACAACAUCAACACCCUAUGUUGGGCCAUUGGUUCUAUCUCCGGUACAAUGAAUGAGGAAAUGGAGAAGAGAUUCUUGUUUAACGUCAUUAACGAUUUACUUGGGCUCAACAAAAAGAAGUAUGGUAAGGAUAACAAAGCCGUUGUCGCUUCGAAUAUUAUGUACAUUGUUGGUCAAUAUCCAAGAUUCCUCAAAGCUCAUUGGAAGUUCUUGAAGACAGUUAUCAACAAGUUGUUUGAGUUUAUGCACGAAACCCAUGAAGGUGUUCAAGAUAUGGCAUGUGAUACUUUCAUGAAGAUUGUUUUAAAGUGUCGUCGUCAUUUUGUGGUUCAGCAACCUAACGAGACUGAACCAUUCAUCGAUGAGAUCAUUAGAAACAUCCAAUUCAUCACUGAAGAUUUACAGCCGCAACAAGUCCAUACUUUCUAUGAAGCCUGUGGUUACAUCAUCGGUGCACAGACCACUGUUGCUAUUAGAGAACGUCUCCUUUCAGAUUUAAUGCACCUUCCAAAUACUGCAUGGACUGCCAUUGUGCAAAAGGCUGGUGAAGAUCCUACGCUGUUGACAAACCCGGAAACAGUGAAGAUCAUUGCCAACGUGAUUAAGACUAACGUUGCCGUUUGCUCCUCCCUGGGCGCAGGAUUCUACAACCAACUGGGAACUGUCUAUGACGACAUGCUGUCCUUGUACAAGGCUGUUUCUAACAUGAUCUCUAAUGCUGUUGCACAGGAUGGUUUGAUCGCUACAAAGACACCAAAGGUUCGUGGAUUACGUACUAUAAAGAAGGAGGUUUUGCACCUCGUUGAAGCUUAUAUCUCCAAGGGUGAAAAUCUCCAGCAGAUUGUGGAUACUUUAAUACAACCUCUCUUGGCUGCAAUUUUGGAGGAUUACAAGAGUAACGUUCCUGAUGCGCGUGACGCUGAAGUUUUGAACUGUUUGACCACCGUUGUUUCUAAAGUUGGUCAUAUGAUCCCUGGAGCCGUUGUCGUUAUGUUACAAAACGUCUUUGAGCCAACGUUGGAUAUGAUUAACAAGGACUUCACCGAAUAUCCAGAGCAUAGAGUUGAGUUUUACAAGUUUUUGAGAGAGAUCAAUUUGAAGUCGUUCAACUCCUUGUUACAACUUUCAGGUGAUGCAUUCCAACUUCUUGUCAAUGCUAUUCUGUGGUCCUUCAAGCACAACAACACUGAAGUUGAAAACAGUGGGUUGGGUUUAGCCAUUGAGCUGCUCAAGAACGUUGAGAAGCUUGGAUCAACGCCUUUCACUACUGCCUUCUAUCAAAAUUUCUACUUCCCAAUCAUGGCUGAUACGUUCUAUGUCAUUACCGACUCCGACCAUAAAGCAGGAUUUAAAUUCCAAGCUCAGUUACUGGCAAAGUUGAUCGAUCUCGUUGAAAGUGGAUACAUCAAGGAACCAUUGUAUAGAGAAGGACAAGCACCAGCCGGUGUUUCCAAUUCCGCAUUUGUCAAGGAGUACAUUUCAAACAUGCUGUCCAAUGCCUUCCCACACCUGAAGACUGCUCAAGUGGAAAACUUUGUAACGGUUCUAAUUGCACAACACCGUGAUGGCUCCAAGUUCAAAGGCACCUUGCGUGAUUUCCUCGUUCAGAUCAAAGAAUACGGUGGUGAUGAAACAGACUACCUGUUUGCUGAAGAUCGCGAGAACGCACUCUUGGAGAAGCAAAGACUUGAGAGGGAAAGAGCCUCCAAGGUUGGUGGUUUGUUGAAGCCAUCUGAGUUAGAUGACGAUUGA